AAAAAUUAUUGACGUUAGAUAAAUGUACCAAAGAAGGUAAACAAUCAAAUUUUAUCAAUGAGCUUUUCCAUCAACUACCCACAUUAAUAAAUAGAAGUUAAAUGAGGUUACUAAUCUUACAAUUAAUAAAAAAGAUUAUUAAGGGUAUUUUUAAAACUGUAAACAAAGUGUUAAAGCAGUUCCUACGUAAAACAAUGAAUUGUUUAAAAUUAGAACGUACUAAUUUGAUGCGUUCCAAAUCUUUGGAUUUCCUAAACAUCCUUCAUAAUGGUAGUCAUAAUAGUGUUAAAACUUUUCAUAAACUUACUAAUAAGGAGUACAAAGGAAUCAAUAGUAUUGAUACAUUGGCGGAGGAAGAAGAUCAUUCGGUAUUGACAGACUCAUCAAUGGAAGGAUCCUCGCGUAGUAACGAGUAUCUACAUACUUUGGAACAGAAAAUUGAAAAACUAAGCGAUUAUCUGCUCGAUCAGGAGAAAAUCCUGACAGAUAUAAAAACGGAAUUGAAAUUAAAUAAUUCGUUUUAUAAUCUUGCGUUAGCUGGAAUAAAUACUGAUUUGGCCAAGAAUUGUGACACUGAAGAUUGUAAUAGGCCAGAAAACAGCGAUGUUCGUGCGAAGAAUUUGUUGUGUGCACUCAAACCUAAAGACAUGCAACGCCUGGAGCGUGAUAUAAAAGAAGUUCUGUCGAAGUUUCUUCAAAGUGAUGAUUUGAAAGAGCAGUUGGUAUCGGCAACUCAGCAGUGCGUGCAGGAAGCGAUACGCAGCAGUUUGUCAGACAGCUUGUCCGCGCACUACCUGCCCACGCUGGAGCGAUCGCAGCGCCAUCUCCUCAACCACGUUACUAAUGUCAUCCGGGAAUCAUUUAGAGAGUUGGAAGAUAACACGAAACUCUUGUCUACAUCGGUGCACAGAAGAACAAAGAACCUGCGCCGGACGCUGCAGGAGCAUCAGAGUCUGCUGGAUGAGGCGGACGGGAAGCUGUUAAGAGAUUUAAAAAGGGCACUGCAAGAAAUUCUUCACGAGGAAUUAAGGUUAUGGCGCGAGAAUCUAUUCGACGUGUUAUUUACACAGAGCCGCGCGCAACACGUAAGCAAUGAAGACGAUGUGUCAAGUACCACAUCAUCCUUCGUUCCAAGCAGCCCACCGCAGCCGCCAGACCCCAAGAAGUCUAUUAUAGAUCAACUGUUGAAAUCAGCAGAGAUCCACAAUCUAAUGCGCGCGGGCGAGGUGAACAGUUCGUUCGAGCGCGCACUGAAUGCGGCCGACCUGACGCUGGUGAUGGCGGCGUGCCGCGCGGCCGAGCCCGCCCGCCUGUUCGCGCCGCCCUGCAGACUGCGCCAGCCCGUGCUGCUCUCCCUCCUGCAGCAGCUCGCCACCGACAUGGUGCACGACACGCAGCUCAAAUGCAGGUAUCUCGAAGAUGCUAUCAUAAACCUGAACCCGUGUGACAAGGUCACGCGCAGCCAUUUGCCGAUGGUCGUGAAAGAAGUCCGCGGACAUCUCACCAAGUUCUUAACCGACUACCCGAACCACGUGGCCAGUCGUAGAGUAACUCUCAUUAUUAUGGCCGCCAAUAAUUUAUUAAGUUAAAAAAUGUAAUUUUAUCGCUACUAUGCACGUUUUUAUUAUGUUUGUUUUCUUAUGAAACACAUUCUUGGAAUACAGAACAUGUUGCUAUGUUUUAUUAAAGGUUUAAUGCUGGUCUUUGGUUGUAUUAUUUGGCCCAAUUUGACGAAAUUCCCGAUGUGCUGAAGUUGAAUA